CCGGGGCACCGUGCGCGACAAGCAGAAGGGUAUCGACAUCAUCCGAGACAACAAAUCGAAUGAGUUCAAGCUUGGAGAAGAUGAAUGUCUGGCAUCUCACUGGAGCAACAUCGAGCCCGACUCACCCGCGUCCCGCAAGUUCUUUGAAUUGUGCCGACUGGGAUCGCAACGGGAUUGGCUCUGUGACCACCUCAUAGCCAUUUGUAUGUACCACGGAUUUGGAACCACGAAAGACUGGGCAAAGGCAGCCGGUAUCUUUGAGCAGCUCGCCAACGACGGCCACUGCGACAGCCAGUUUUGGAUUGGGUGUUGCUAUUUGGAUGGGUGGGGAGUGCCAAAAGACUACGAGAAGGCAUUCGAGUGGUUCGGCAAGUCCGCCGACCAAGACAACUCGUAUGGGCUGUGGAUGGUUGGCUAUUGCUCUUUCUACGGACGUGGAGCCACCGAGGACAAAGCCGCAGCGGUCGAGUGGCUCUGCAAGUCGGCUCAGCGCGGUAAUCGAUACGGACAGUGCUGGCUCGGCAACUGCUACAUAAACGGCUGGGGUGUCGCAAGGGACAUCGAUACCGCAGUGAACUGGUACCGCAAGUCUGCCGACCAGGGUCACGAAGGUGCUAUCGGUCGUCUCAAGGAAAUCGGCAAGUGACCGUAAUGGCGAUAUUGAUAUUCAAUACAUUGACACCUUGGCUGAUCGAGAGACUCAGCAGCUUCCAAA